AUGACUCCUCCCUACCAGAUUCGACGAGAGCGCCUUGAGAUUGAGGUGAUGAACCGGCUGCUACGAGAGCCAAAUUGGCAGCCCUUCCUGAGAGAGGAGGUAAAUGCCGCCAACAAGUUCAGAGCUACGCGGGCCUACAGGACACACCGAGAAGCAUACGACAACAAGAACAGCACACCCGCUGCCUCUACGUCCAAGCCUGGUGAGACUCCGCCAGCUAAGCAUCAAGCUGGUGACGGAAAGAAACUCCCCGCUGCACCGAAGACACCGCCUGCUGCCUCUACGCCUAAGCCAUGUUACACUCUCCCAGCUGAGCAUGGAACCGGCGACGGAAAGGAACCACUAGCAUCCAAGACACCGCCCAUCUCAACCGCAGCGCCCAUCUCAACUGCAGCCAACAUCUCGCCUGCAGCGCCUAUCUUACCCGCAGCGCCUAUAUCAACCGCAGCCAACAUGUUAACCGCAGCUAAUAUCUCAACCGCAGCGCCUAUGCCAACCGCAGCGACUAUCUUAACCGCAGCGCCUAUGCCAACCGCAGCCAACAUGCCAACCGCAGCGACCACCGCACCUACUGUAACACCUGGCACGCAGAUCCAGCAUGACUGCUCUCCUCCUCCGAACAACGAUGACCACGAAGAAUAUGGCGUCGCCAUCCCGUUCAGUCAGAGUAGCGCGCAGCCCCCAGAGCCAGAGUCUCGGAAACGGGUGAAGCUGACUGUCGACUUGUCGCAGCCACCAAGCCAGUCGGACAUUAAGGCAAUGCAGAUUACCAAGGCAACAGAUUUGGAUCGCGCAUCCGAUUACAUCCUGAAGCUGACCCUCCGAAUGGAUACGUGUCCACGGGCGGGGAUGCUCCGUGACGUCGUUCACAUGGCGGUGCAGCAAUAUCAAGAGUCCGACGGUGCCAUACCGCUGCGUCUUCUUCCGCUCGGACCGUGGCCAAUCAGCCUCGCCUCUAUGAUCGAGGUGUGCCAAGCCAAGAUGUGGCUGUCCGGCACGACUAUCGACUUCGUUGUCGAGAGAUGUGGCAGUUCACGGGGGUACUCACCGGAGGUCGUUGACCAGCCCGCGAAGUCGGCCUCCGACGCCUUGAGCCUUGGUAUGGCACUCCCACGGGAGCUCUUCACCGAAGCACACAGCACUAUCAGCAGCCGUGAUCCCCCUUACUGCUCGAGCCAGGCUGCGCUCGAUGCGCACAUCGAGCAUCUAUCUGGCGACAUGCGCAACCCGACUGGCAUUAGCCCGAAUAGCAACCACCACAACGAUGACAAGAGCAAGGACCCUGACGACAACGACUAUGACAGUGACAGCAGCGACGGCUACGCUGAGCGGAUAUCUCACUCUCCUAAGAUUCGACAUCAUCUUACGCAGCAUGACCUCGACGAGCAGGACAUCAUUGUCCGUAGCGAAGCCGUCGCCAUUCUCGAACACAAGACGCAGAACCUUCCGUAUCAAUCCGUACCAGAUUUCAGUGGUCGCAAACACGAAGCUCUCAUGUGA